UAUAGAAAACUCAGAAAACCUUUGAUUAUAUAAAUCCCAUACCAAAACCAAACAAGGAGAUGAAGACGAGCUCUCCACUACUAUUGAGAGCUAGCUACCUUAUACAGAGACAGAGUGCCUUCUUCCAAUUCAUUCUCUGAUCAUCCUUCCUUAAAUCAAACCCAUCUCUCUCUCUCUCUCUCUCUCAUCUCCAACCAUCUUAAUUAUUUUCUGGCACAUUUAUUUUGCAAUGGAAUUUCAGUUUCAACAGCAGAACCAAAUUUGCUUCCCAGCAGCAGCUAACAAAGCUGUAGGCAUUCCAAUGAGCAAAGUGGGAAAGUUGAAGGGAAGAACUAGAAGCAACAACGCAAACAAGUUUGUUGGUGUGAGGCAAAGGCCUUCAGGGAGAUGGGUAGCUGAGAUCAAAGACACCACACAGAAGAUAAGAAUGUGGCUCGGAACCUUUGAGACUGCCGAAGAGGCUGCUCGAGCUUACGAUGAAGCUGCCUGCCUUCUUCGCGGCUCAAAUACUCGAACCAACUUUAUUACACAUGUCUCUUUGGAUUCUCCUAUUGCUUCUCGAAUCCGAAAUCUACUUAACACCAAAAAAGGAGGAUCAAGCAAACAAGUAAUAGAGCAAACUAGUUCUAGUAUUGCUGAUCAUGAUUAUAUGAAUGCCUCACAUCCUCCCACAUCUUCAACUACUAGUAGUGACAAGUACAUGACUAGAAAUAUUAGCACUGCUAGUACAAGCACCUGUAAUUCCACCAGCAGUGGCAGUGAUACACUAUCUAGUGAGGUGUUUCAAGAUUCUCAGCUGUUUGAUGAUGUCUACAGACCAGAUUUGAGACACUGCAAUGAGGAAUUUGAGUUGAGCUCUUCUGCUUCUCAAUCCAAUCUUUCAUGGGAUGGAUUUCAAACCGGGGUUGACGGGUUCUCAUUUGCCCAACAAGUGUUUGAUUUGCCGAAACAUCAGGCAGCUACUGCUGCUUCUUCUUCUUCUACUACUACUACUACUACAGCAGCUGAAGCUGAUUCGGAGUUUCUGGAAUUCGAAAGGAUGAAAGUUGAAAGGCAGAUAUCAGCUUCCCUCUAUGCAAUGAAUGGAGUGCAAGAGUAUAUGGAUACAGUUUAUGAUCCUAACGAACCCUCUUGGGAUCUUCCACCAUUGUGUCCUUUGUUCUGCUAAAUAUGAAGGUUUUUUUUAGUGAUCAAGGAAUUUUCAUCUCUCUUUCAUUCUUGUCAUCUUUCUUUUUUUUCUUUCGCUUUAAACUCUCAAAAGGGGUUUAUGGUAUACGA